AUGCCCGCUAGACGUACUGCGAGAUUUUGCGGUCAGUGUGUGCGCAUGCCAAAGCCUGGAGCCACAACGCGUACGCUUCUGCGCUUCCUUUUGAGAACUGCUCCAUGUCGACUGAUCCCGGCAACGUCGAGCGUCCCGUGGACUCGAGGCUACAGCGGGCGCGCUGCAGCGACGGCACCGUCGGAGCGGGUGCCGUCUGCGGCGGCGCAGCGCCUCCUAGACCUAGAGGCCCGUUACGGUGCAACGAACUAUGCACCACUGCCAGUGGUGAUCGCUCGCGGCAAGGGUGCACGUGUCUGGGACGUUGAUGGAAAAUCAUACAUAGACUGUUUAGCCGCGUACUCUGCGCUGAACCAGGGCCACUGCCACCCGCGGCUGGUGGCAACACUGGUGGAGCAAGCCGCAACGCUCACGCUGACGUCGAGGGCCUUCUACAACAACGUCCUGGGCGAGUUCGAACGCUUCAUAUGCGAAUAUUUUGGCUAUGAACGCGUUCUACCGAUGAAUACCGGCGUCGAGGCCGGCGAGACUGCGGUGAAGCUCGCGCGGCGUUGGGCCUACGACGUCAAAGGCAUCCCUCGCUAUGGAGCAAAAGUUGUUUUUGCAGAGAAUAACUUUUGGGGUCGCACUUUAGCUGCAGUUUCGUCCUCGACGGACCCCGAAUCGCGCGGUGGCUACGGACCUUUCAUGCCGGGUUUCGAAAUCAUCCCAUACGACAACCCUGAAGCGCUCGAACAGCUUCUUGAUAGGGAUCAAAAUAUCGCGGCGUUUAUGGUGGAGCCCAUCCAGGGAGAGGCUGGCGUCAUCGUUCCCCGCCCGGGAUAUAUGCGUCGAGUGCGUGAACUCUGCGACCAGUACGGUGUGCUGCUGAUUGCCGACGAGGUGCAGACGGGCCUCGGGCGUACCGGCAAGUUGCUGUGCUGCGACCACGACGGCAUCCGUCCGGAUAUUCUCGUUCUCGGCAAGGCGCUCUCGGGUGGCAUGUAUCCGGUAUCCGCAGUUUUGGCGAGCUCCGAAAUCAUGCUCACGAUCAAACCUGGACAGCAUGGAUCGACGUAUGGAGGUAAUCCACUGGGGUGUCGGGUGGCUAUGACAGCACUGGAGGUGCUGCACAAUGAAGGUCUGAUCGAGCGGGCGGCUCAUUUGGGAAACAUGUUCCUGCGCGGACUUUCGGAGAUCAAACAGGAGUCCGCGGGUUUGAUCACGAACGUGCGGGGCCGUGGUCUUCUUUGCGCACUCAGCAUAGCUGAGAACUGGCGACCCGGUUUGAACGCAACCAAGCUCUGUCUGCAUCUGAUGGAAAACGGGAUGUUGUGCAAGCCGACCCAUGGAGAUCGUAUUCGAUUCGCGCCUCCACUUGUUAUUGAGGAAGCAGAGCUCAUGCGAUGUUUGGAGAUUCUGCGCACGACAAUCAAAGCGCUCUAG